CAGAUGAGCGUCAAAAAAUGUGUCCACGUGCGAGAAACUUCCACCCGGGUGUUUCAGAUCUCCGUGCUUCAACCACCCAAUCAUUUACACUUAAAUGGCGUUUUCAGAGGAGAAGGUGAGAAUCCCGUUCGAGCAGCAAGAGCUGGAUGGAGUGUUCUCGGUACCCGGCGACGUCACCGCGGGCAGCGCAGCUGUAGUGUUGACGCACGGCGCUGGUGGAGACAUGCGCAUUAAACAGCUGGAGAGCCUCGCGCGAGCUCUCGCCUGCGCGGGUGUACUGUGCCUGCGCUUCACCUGCAGGGCGGUAAACUUUGUGUACAGAGUCAGAGCUUACAGCGCCGUUGUAGAUUAUUUAAAGGCCCAUGACAGUUUUGCACCAAGCAGCAUUUUCUUGGGAGGGCGCUCUAUGGGUGCUCGUACAGCAGUGGCUGUGUGUAAUCAGAUGUGUGCCGUGCAGAAGGAUGCAGUCCAGGGUGUGCUGUGUUUAUCAUUCCCACUUAAUCUACCAGGAAAACCACAAACUUACAUUGAGCGCAGGAAAGGCCUGCUUGAGCUGGCUGGAACUCCUGUGCUUUUUGUUUCUGGCACAGCAGAUAACAUGUGUGAACAGAAAAUCUUACAAAAUGUUGUGGACACCAUGAAAAGCCCUUCUGCCGUUCACUGGAUCAAGGAUGCAAACCAUGGACUUGCAGUACGUGGCAGAACAGAAGAAUCUGUGCUGGAGGAAGUCAAUCCACUGAUUAUUGAAUGGGUAUUAAAACACACAUGAAAUGUGUUUAUAAAUAGAGGAUGCAUUUUUGUAUGUAUUUUUAAAAUAAUAAAAAAAAUA